AUCCGCUUGGUCUGAGCGGCAAUGACGUUUUGUCGUUACCCACCACUAAGCAUUCUUCGCGUAAAAUACACCAGCAGCCGAACAACAAUACAUUCUGAUUUCAGGUCCCUGCCGGUACGCGCCGCCGCCGGCGAGUCAGCCAUGGCCAACUCAGUCCGAGUCGCCGCCGCGCAGAUGACAUCCAUCAACGACCUCGCCGCCAAUUUCGUCACCUGCUCUCGCCUCGUCAAGGAAGCCGCGGCUGCUGGGGCAAAGUUGCUCUGUUUUCCUGAAAACUUCUCCUAUGUGGGUGCCAAGGAUGGAGACAGUCUUAAAAUUGCUGAACCGCUGGAUGGACCAAUUAUGAAUCGGUAUUGCUCUCUUGCAAGGGAGUCAAACAUUUGGUUGUCACUGGGAGGAUUCCAGGAGAAAGGAUCUGAUGAUGCACAUUUGCGUAAUACUCACGUUUUAAUUGAUGAUACUGGGAGUAUUAGAAGCUCGUAUUCAAAAAUGCACUUGUUUGAUGUGGAUAUUCCCGGAGGUAGAGUAUACAAGGAGAGCAGCUUUACAGAAGCAGGGAAGGACAUCAUUGCAGUAGACAGCCCCUUUGGACGUUUGGGUCUGACUGUUUGCUAUGAUCUGAGAUUCCCAGAGCUGUAUCAGCAACUGAGGUUUCAUCAUGAAGCACAGGUAUUGUUGGUACCUGCAGCUUUCACAAAAGUAACUGGUGAGGCACACUGGGAAAUUCUUCUCCGAGCUCGUGCCAUAGAAACACAGUGUUAUGUUAUUGCUGCUGCACAAGCUGGAAAGCAUAAUGAAAAGAGAGAAAGUUAUGGCGACACCUUAAUAAUUGAUCCAUGGGGCAGUGUAGUUGGUCGGCUACCUGAUCGACUAGCAACGGGCAUAACUAUUGCAGAUAUUGAUUUCACAUUGAUUGAUUCUGUUAGAGCAAAGAUGCCAAUUUCCAAGCAGCGGAAGCCUGUAGAUUUCUGGAAGUCAGCAUCUCUAUGAAUUUAAAAGGGUGGUGUGUUCUAAUUGCCCCUUAAUUUGUUACCCAGAUAAGAAAGGGAUCAAAGCCACCAUUUUCCUUGCAUGCAUAUACAUAUAUAUAUGUAUAUGUGCAUGCUUUCAUUGUGUCCACUUCCUAUAAUUAUUAGAAGAAAAUAUUUUCAACUGUGAUUAAAAUGCAUUCUGUUGGAUGGUCUCUUCUCAGCCAUCAUUAGUAUCCAUCUGGGGCUGGGGGGUGGGUGUAGGAUGGAAGAUCAAGCGGGUUAAUAUUUCAAUAUUUGAAUAAUUAUUUUUAAAGUAGUCUCCUAAUAUGUCUUGGUGUUCAAAUCUCCAAAAUUUAUAGAAUUUUACUUUUAUUGAGGGGUCAA